AGCGGAGUGUGAGGGGCGUGGUACUGGCCGACGGGCGGCGCGUCCUCGCCGAUCGCGUCGUCAUCACGGCGGGCACAUUCCUGAGGGGGGAGCUGCACGUGGGGCUGGAGGUACGGCCAGCGGGACGGGUGGGCGACCAGCCCGCAGUGGCGCUCGCCGACACGCUCUUCAAACUCGGCUUCAGAGUCGCCCGCUUGAAGACUGGUACCCCUCCUCGCCUUCUGAAGAGUUCAAUAAACUUCGGUGCUUGUGAAGAGGUUCAGCCUGACGACCCCCCUACACCGUUCUCUUUCCUCCACUCCAAGGUCGCCAUUGACCCAGCCGAGCAGCUGAAGUGCUACAUCACACGCACUCCCCUAGCCAUCGAGGAAGUCAUCCACGCGACCAAGCACCUGAACCGCCACCUCAAGGAGGAGGUCUCCGGCCCGCGCUACUGCCCCUCCAUAGUUUUUAGGAGGGUCUUCGUGCCUGAAGUGCGAGGUUUCGUGCUCUCUUAUUUAAUGCAUGAAGCCAAGUUCCCAGGACGCGAGCACCAGGUGUGGCUGGAGCCUGAGGGGCUGUCAAGGUACGGCGUGGAAUACGACUACCUGGACCCCCGAGACCUGCACCGCACCUUGGAGUCUCGUCUGGUGCGGGGCCUCUACUUGGCUGGUCAGGUCAACGGCACCACGGGCUAUGAGGAGGCCGCUGCUCAAGGGCUCCUUGCUGGGGUCAACGCUGCUAACCCAGGAGCCCUCGUCCUGAACCGUACGGAGGGCUACAUGGGGGUUCUCGUGGACGACCUGACGCGCGAGGGAGUCACUGAACCCUACAGGAUGUUCACGUCACGCGCCGAGUACAGACUUGCCUUGCGACCUGACAACGCUGAUCUCAGGCUCACUGCCAAAGGUUACGCCGCAGGUUGCGUGUCCCGGGAGCGAUACGAACAAACGGUUGCCGUGCAGCAGCGACUGUUUGAAGUAGAGCAGCAGCUGCGUGCUGACAUGCGCUCCUCGCAUGCCUGGCGCAAGCUCUUGGGGGGCGCCAUCUCCCCAGAUACGGCCGUGCGCAGUGCGUUUUCAGUUCUUGGCAUCACGAACUGGAACAUCGACAUUACAGCCAUAGCAGCGAAGGAUGCGCGGUACGCAGCGCUGCUACAGGAGCCUGAACUGUGCCGCCGUCUGCAGGUCACGGCGAUGUACGACGACCUACACCGCGGGGAGCAGAAUGACGUCUCCGAGCUGCUUGUCGAGCACGAGCUUAAUCUACCUGCUCGGCUAGAUUAUUUUAGCCCUGACGUGAGUUUAUCUCGAGAAGUCAGAGAAAGACUGCACGCUGCUCAACCCGCAACCCUUGGGGCAGCUAGCCAAAUCCCAGGCGUGACUCCGAGCGCUGUAAUGCAGCUCCUGCGUUACUGUCAGAAGCUUAACAGGCUCGAGCACGAACGCUCUGCAGGACGCAAGACACUUGUGGGCUGCUGAGGACUCAGUUUACCGAGAUAUUUUGUAGAUGACCCAAUAAAAAAUUAUCGAUCUUAAGAAGCUGGAAUAGAUCUGUUGCUUCAGUGAUACUUCUUGUCCCUCAUGUAAAAUAUCGUGCAAUCGUCCCUCGUGUAAAUUGAUUGCGAUCAUUGAAAAGUAA